UCCCCCACGGCUCUUCACAGUCUAUGGCUCUUUCUUCUCUCGUGUGCAGCUUUGCUUCCUCUUUCCUUCCUCGCUGAACGCGCCACCUCGUUGUCACCAAACAACUCCCAUCCCUCAGCAUUCUCUCGGCCACUCUCCCCGCAGACCCUCUCCGAACUCUGAAGCCUCGUCCGCAAUUUAUUGCGCGUAGUACCCGCGUCUGCCCGCAGCAAUAUCUUCGUCCACCACCGACAAGGACAUUUCGUCGCGUCCGACCCUCCACGUCCCUCAUAUGAGUCCCGAGCAUACACCACACGUUACUUGAGAAAGGCAUUGGCUCCUGCUUCGCAUGCGAUUUGAUCAACACUAAGAUCGGACACCCCGCCGUGUCUACGCCCAUUUCGACUCGCUCGCUCUUCGCGUCUCUCCUCCCCUGGCCCCAAGCUCAAACCACACUCGCUAUACCAAGAUGGUUCUCUACAAGCGCAAGCCGGUGACGAUGAUUCCGGUACCCACCAAAGUCGAAAACAACACCGAGGUUUGGGUCAUGCCCAAGUCUGGCGAAGUCUUCACAGACUAUGAAUCCUAUCUCUCACGCUUCGAGUUCUACAACCGAAAAAAGUUUACAGACGCCGUUAAUGGCAAGUCCGGCUUGACCUACUUCGCCGCGAUCGAUUCGGAGAACAACAGCUGCAGCGACAUCGAUAAAAUCUUCCCAGACGCUCUCCGCGACCCUAUCUUAAGAAAGGUCCAGUUCUCGGAUAUCUCUCGCAUAGACGAGCUGGUGUCUUUCGUGUUUGACGAAUUCCGCAAUGACUUCUUCCCUGGCGAGGAAGUACACGUCUCUCUCGACAAUGGCGAUCAGUAUGAGGGUGUGAUUCGCGAAAAGGCGAAAUUCCCCCAACUGCUCAACCCUGAUGGUUCGAUCCAACGCGCCGCUUUCUCUCGCUACUUUGUCAAGCUCAACAACGAGCUGGGUGACGAGGCUCUUCUGGACGACAAACACAUCAAGAGAAAUCGUAAGCUUUUCACGAAGCAGAAUCUUAGAUCCUUCUUGAAAAGCUCAAUCCAACGCGACAUGUUUACUGGUGCCCCAUGGUUGGUCAAAGAGCAUCUCGCAAGACAAUACAGAUUACCUAUGGAAAUCCCCGCUCAUCUCGCCCAACGCAUGCAAGCAUCACCCCAGCCUGGCAUGCCCCGUCAACCACAAGGCACUUCCAUAUUCAACAAAGUCAACGGUCGUAAAGGCAAAAACCUCACUAUUGGAGACUUUGAGCUUGACGGCUCGCCGCAAGGGUACACCACACCACCGCUCAAUGGCUCUAAGUUUCCUGGUUAUCAAACAACAGUCAAGACGGAACCUCAAAAGACCGCCCCUGUGCCCAUCAAGUACCCAAUCGAGGACUUGGACGUCCCUGCGAGAAAGACUGAGCUUGUUCGCCCGGAUCUGAAGUUUAUUGCGCCUCAGACCCCCAGCGAAGGCGAUAUUCGCAUGGAGUAUGUUGGUCCUCUGCUGGAAAUCUGGAACACUCUCAACGUACACUCUGAGGUGCUGACCCUGGACGCCUUCACCUUCGAUGACUUCUUGGAAGCCAUGAAAUUUGCUUCCGACGAGGUCAGGUGCGAACUGCUGGAAGAAGCACAUUGCGCAGUUCUCAAGACAAUCGUCAAUGCAGAAGGCACUUUACAAGUCACUCUGCCAGACAUGAUCGAAGACGAGUCUUCUGACGAAGAGAUGGACGAGAGCGAGCCAGCUACUCCUAUCUUAGACGCACCUGCACAUGCCACUAGAAGCCGCAUGAGUAACAUUAGUAAUGUCGAGCCGGACGAGUCGAAUGGAAGAUCCAGCAGAACCCCUGCUGAGGGUCGUCACCGCCCGCAUCGCACACCCGAGUUGUUGGCCAGCUACGGUUGGGUCGAACGUCUCCAGGCCCGCGAUUUUGUCAACGGCGGCUGGCAAACAAUCAUGGCAGGCCUGCUGCAUCAGCUCUCGCUCAACCCUCGCCAAAAGUCGGAGUGUGACAAGGUGUUGUCCCGACUCGUCCCUUUGGACGAAGACCCAAACCAGGAGAGUGUGCGCAUGAACUACAACCGUCUCGACAUCAAUCUGCGCAUAUCCGCAUUGCAGUUGGUCACUCUACUCUGUGUCAGCACAAAGACUGUCAGAGGAUAUCUUGAAGAUAUGAGUGAGGAACAGACUAGAAUCCGCAAGGACAAGCUUGAGCAUCAAAAGGCUAAGAAAGAAAGUGUUGCAAAACUCUCCGAUCUCGAAACUCAGAAGAAGAUUUUGCUCCCGGACAACCUCCCAGAUUCACCAAAGGAGGAGCAUCCCGAUCCGAUGGAUAUCAGCAUGAGCCAUGUUGACGACACUAUGGACACCAUGGACCUCGCAACCUCAGAUGCUGAAGAGGAGGGCGGUCGCUCUCUUAGGCGUGGCAACGAGCGAAAGCGCAAGCGUGACGAAGACGCAGCCAGACGUGAAAAGCAACGCGAGGAGAAAAAGGCAAAGACGAACCCCAAACAGUCCAAGGAGUUCACCAAGCUCCUGAAGGACAUCGACAAGCUCAAGAUUGAGAUCGCCAAGCGCGAAAAGGAGAUCGCAACUUGUGAUGCCGACUUGCGUGAAGCUAACUGUCAGCGCACCAAGGUGCUAGGAAGAGAUAGAUUCUGGAAUCGCUACUACUGGUUUGAGCGCAACGGCAUGCCCUUCACUGGUCUUACCGAUGGCAGCACUGGCGAAUAUGGCUAUGCCAACGGUCGCAUCUGGGUUCAGGGACCUGACGAAAUGGAGAGACUGGGUUUCAUCGACUUGCCCGAAGAUUUGCAACGCACGUAUGUGCAGGACCAUGGACUCUCAGUCCCCGACCGCAAGGCCAAAGAAGAGGGCGCCACCAGCCUGCGUACGGCAAAUGAGUGGGGAUACUACGACGACCCGGAGACUAUUGCCUUGCUUCUCAGCUGGUUCGAUGAUCGUGGUGUCAGAGAAAAGGCAUUGCGCAAGGAAAUGGCUGCUUGGCAAGAGCCUAUCAUUGAGCAGAUGCGCACUCUCAGAACGCACUUGGACAGCGUCAACCAAGAGGAUGCUGAUGAAGAACCAGUCACGCGUGUUUCGACCAGGAAGAAGGUUUAUGUCGACAUCGAAGCAUCCAGUCAGCGCUGCCUCAGAUGGAGAAACCUAGCAGCUCUCGACAAGAACGGCCACCUUCAUUCUGAACAACCCAAGCCCAAGGAGAAAAAGAGCAAGAAGGAAGCCAAGGGCGUUGCCAAAGUUGUUGUAAAGGGCAAGGCCGCCACCAGGCAGGGAACGAAGUACGGCAAAUAGACGGACGAUCAUGUUGCUUCAAGGCGUAUUAUUAUUUUGGAGUUAUGGCAUGGAGCAUGUAGAAGUAUUUUAUCCUCAGGAGCAUAGCGAGAUGGUCAUGGAAGUGGCGUAGGGAUUCGCUCAGGGAAAAAGGCGCCGCAAGAACGACUUGCUCGAGCGCAACGUACAUGAAGUUGAUAGCUAUUGAUGAAGCAGCUUUCGUGCUGUGACCGAAUGGAACGAACAAAAAGUCUAGGAUUAUGCCGGUCCUCGGAAGUGGUACAAAUAUAUACAUGUCAAACUCGGCCGGGAGACGGGAAGACCA